AUGUCCUUCACAUACUCAAUCCACCGUAUACCCACCCAUAACUCCUCCUCCACCUCCUCAACAUCGCCGCUCCCAGACCCAGACCCCACCCUCCUCCCCUUCCUCGCUGGCAAAUUUUCCGCUCUUCGCCUCUCCGCUCUCCUCGAAUCACCUAUCGCCUUUAGCUCCACCUUCGAAAUCGAAUCUCAAUAUUCUCCCUCCACCUGGCUUACCCGAUUUUUGCGUCCCAAGAUCCAAUACUUUAUCGCCGUCGCUCACUCUAAAUCCACACCCAUCGAGUCCCGCACUAUCGAUUCCGGUAUUCUCGUCGGCAGCGUCCAAUUAUAUGGACCCAAUUCCAAAGCUUUUUUCGAGCUCCCCUUAAGCGGCGCACCAUCCCCUUUACCCGAUGACGAGGAAUCGAAAUACCAAAUGAUAGCACUGUAUUCAUCUCCUGGACACCGAGGAAAAGGCCUUGCUAAAAUGCUGAUCCAGGGAGCAAUUGAUAGUGCGAAAAAGGAAGCCGUCGAGCAAAGAAAAGAAAAAGUGAGGAUUCGGAUAUUUAUGCAUCCGGAAAACUUGAAGGUGAAAAAGUUGUACGAUGGAGUUGGAUUCGUGGAGGUGGGACUGUGUACGCUGUCUGAAGCGGUGGUGCAGAAUGGAGACGCGGAGAGUUUACCUGAAGAUGGCGGCGUUUCGGACCCAGAGAGAUGGUUGAAUAGACUUGGGCUUUGUAUGGAGUGGGCUAGUUGA